AUGCCUAACAGAGAAUUGGAUAACUGGAAUUCUCUGAUAAUUGAGAGUUUACAUAAUAGGAACCCUAGGAAUUGUUUUGGGAUGUUUAAGAAAAUGAUGGAGGAGAAUAUUUGGCAAAAUUUGGUCUCUUUGAUAAAUCUUUUGAGAGCUAGCACAAAAGUGAAAUCCUUGACAUUAGGGGUGUUGGUUCAUGGUAUAAUUGUUAUUAGCGGCCUUAUUCCAAAUUUAGUUGUAAGAACUGCAUUGUUGACUAUGUACUCCAAACUAGGUAGCUUAAAGAAUGCGAGUUUGAUGUUCAAGGUUGAAAAAUUGAUAAAUAGAAAAUGGGAAGGGGAAAGAUCUCCAUUUACCCCAUUUUAUGGGUUUGAUGAUGCAGUCGAUAUUCUGCAAAAGUCUAUAAGACAAGCACGUAGAAGGAGAGCAAUUGACGAAAUCAAAUUUUACGACAAAGAAGCUGUAGAAAUCAGCGCAAAGCUGCUUGAGAAACUACACUGCCUGGAACUCCAGAAUUAUAAUCCAGAAUUCUACACUGCCUGGAACUAUCGGAAACUUGAUGUUGAGUAUUUUCUGAGUCAACCCGGUUCCAAUCCUGUCUCUAUUCUGAAUGAGGAACUCCGCGUUAAUCAAUGUGUAAACUCAGAGAAGACUCUUUCUCUCAAUUUUGAUGUUUCAGGUGUUUUAUUCGACCGUUCAGAUAAAGAGCUUUUCUGCUUGGUGAAGUGCUCUUUGCAAAUGUAUGCAAAGUUUGGUGAAGCGGACCCAUCUCGGCUACUAUUUGACCACCUUUAUCCAAAGGGUCUUAUUGCUCGGACUGCAAUGAUAUCUUCUUAUGCUCAAAUUGGGUACACGAGUGAGGCUCUCGAUAUAUUUAUAUGCAAUUAG